UUUCACAGUUAUGUAGUACAUUCUUGGCUGUCUUGCAGCUGUACACCUGUACCUGAUCCCACAUUAAGGAAUUCAUAACUGUACUUUAUUGAACCUACUUAAGUGGAAAACAGCAGUUACAACAUAUAUAGAAUUCAAGCCUUGCCGAACUGCUGUUUUUAAGGACUGCUGUGAUUAGAAUUCUCAGUCAUUCAAUGACCAACAUUACACUGUCAUCAUGUGGCCCCAUUUUCUCCUCAUCUACAUAGGAGCCAUAGGAUUUGGUUGCUUCAAUAAAUAUGUGUCUUCUCAGUGUCUCCCAAUGUAUCCCAAUGGAACUGAAUGUUCAGACACCAACAGCACUAACAAUGGACAUGGCACUGCUGGAAUGUGCAACAGCACUGUUACACAAUCUGGAUGUUUUCCUUCAACAACUUCAACCGUGAGAAGCUUCUUACAGUGUGUUGGACUGCCUGUCAUCAUGUCUGAAAACAGCGUGGAUCACAUGAAGAAUCUGAAAGGAGUAAUAGACACAGCCUUGGGUGUCUACUCCUUUAUGAGAUCCAGCUUUAGUCAGGGCCCCAUCCUGGAGCUGGCGGGCGGGAUCGGUGUAAACACAGAAGCUGAGCAGUUCCAUGAUUUGGAUUUUGUUAAGCUGUGGUUCCAGGUCAAGCUAAAGCCUCUUCUGUCAACUGUGACUCGAAAGUUUCUAUCCUGUCUCAGCUCCAAAAAUUUCAGCUGUGAGACCUACCAGGCUGUGGUGAAAGAGUUAAGCCUUCAUUUUUCAAACAUGGACCCUGUCCGGCAGAGGUGGAUCUACAUGUUUUUCAUGUACCCCUUCCUAGCGAGGAAUGGUACAGCAGGUUGUGUUGCUCAUUUGGAGAACAGUGAAGACUGGCUCAUGAAGAACUUUGGGUCCUUUUCUGCCAUGGCCCAUUUCAAAGACUUCACAGCAUUGAACAUUGUUUUCAGUGGACUGGAAGUCCUGCAUCUUCUCACACCAGAGCAGAAGGCUGAGCUGAUUCUGCACCCGGAGGUCGGUGGCCUAGACAAUGGGACCAUCAACCUGGUCUUUGAGAGCUUGAUCAAACCUCUGCAAGAAAGCCAGCACAUGAAUGCAUCAAGACCCCUUUAUAACAUGACCACAUCGGCACCCAUUCUCCAUGGAUCCACACCGGGGCCCAGCCAUCCCAUGCCAAGUCAACAUAAUGGUCUUCAAACGGCAUUAAAUGGCUUUCUGGUGUUCUUUAAGCCACUGGGAAGUUUUGUCAAGGAGUUCGUAUCACUCACUCAUCAGCCAAACUUGACCUCAUUGAAAAGCACCACACUGGCCCAGGCUAUGAUUAAUUGGACCCUGGCAGAGCUGGCCGGACACUUCACCGAAAACGGCACAGUGGAGAAUGAGAUUAAGCCCACCCAGUCUUCCUCAUUUGGCAACUUUGACAUCACUGAUAUAGAUGACUGGUUCCAGCAAGUAGUGGUUCCUGUAUUAAAACGCUUCCUGCCUGACAGUCAGACUGAGAUCCCAAUGGACCUCACUGCUGUCUUCUACAACCUCUUCUCUUUGACUUCCAACCUGAAUGCUGGUGAAUCAGAUGCACCAGAUGAAUGCAGUGUCACCAUUGAGGAACACUCAUGCUCUAUUCCCAGUGCAGUAGAAAAUCUGGCUUAUGUCUUAAGAUGUGUUAGCCACACGAAUCUGACCUUAACUGAAGAAAAUAUGAGGGUGCUUGUAAUUGAGCUUUCACAAAUGCUCAACUCAUUGGUUGGACAGUACUCCACAUUGAAUUUCAGCGCUGCUGAGUCCCACUUCAUGGAUUUGUUUGGAAAGCUCCAAACAGGCAGCUUCACCGAUGAGAAUCUUCAUGAUGCGGAGUACAUUGGGCUGUGGUUUCAGAUAAAACUCAAGCCCCUCCUGCCGUCUGUGUCAAAAGACUUCCUCUUCUGCCUCAGCAACAAGAAUUUCAGCUGUGAAACCUUCCAAGUUCUUGUCAUGGAGCUGAGUGAUCACAUCUCAUUAAUGGACGAAAUGAAGCAGCAAUUAAUAUAUACUCACUUUAUUCACCCAUUCCUGUUGCGACACAAAUAUUCAGAUUCCAGCUGCAUUUCCUCAACAAGCAGUCUUGAAUGGGUGAUUGAGAAUUUUGGAAAAUUUUCUGUCUUUGCACCUCUUCAGCACUUCUUUGAUUUGCAUUCAAACUUCUCUGCUCUGGAAGCCUUGCCUGCUCUCUCAGCAAAGCAGAUGGCAGAGCUGGUUGCAUCUCCUGAAUCUGGACCUCCACAGAAAAAUGUUGUUAUCAACACAGUGUUUGACCACUUGCUGGAAUUGCCAAAGGAGGGAAACCUCAAGGAGUUCCUACAUUACCUCAUCCUGUUUUCAACAGAGGCACUAAUCAGCUGUGAAUCUUACAAUAUAAUCCUUGGGAGGCUGGAUCAGGCCUUGCCAUCAGUACCAAGGGAACUUGAGCCGGUCAUACGGGCCAGUAUGAAUGAGCUCAUGCAGAGAGCUCCAGAAGAUUGCAUUCUUGGACAUGUUGGGUGCCCAGUGACAUCAUACAACGAAACCAGAGUUUGUGCCAGCGUCAACAGCACUGAGCUCCAACACUUCCUGGACGCUGGAAAUAUAACCAACAUGCUGUGUCACUUCUCCAUUGGUCAAUAUGCUUGCUCAUCGCUCAUGCCACUCGGAGCUGAAAAUCUUGUCACGCUGCUGAAAUGCAAGUUGCCCAGCAACAUGAUGGACUCAAAAGAAACUUGGAAAGUGUUCCUCACUAAGGUCUCUGGAGUCCUUGAUGAAGCUCUGAGCAUCUUCUCUAACAUGACGUCCCACGUCACCAGUCUUUCGACAUCCCAUUUCCUGGACAUACUUGGCGAACUCAGAAUUGAUGAAUUCUCCGAUAUACAGCUGGCAGAUGUAGAUUUAAUCGACAAGUGGUUCCAUGGAAAUCUAAGACCAUUUUUGUCAUCUGUGUCCGGGGAGUUUUUACGCUGUCUGGGCACCAAGAACUUCAGCUGUGAGACUUACCAACAAGUGAUGAAGGAGUUCAGUUUUCAGUUCCCUCAUAUGGAGGAAAUGAGACAGGAGUUGGUUGCCAGAUACUUCAUCUUUCCUUUCUUGUCCCAGAACACUUCAGAUCCUGCCUGUUUCAUCAGUACUAAUGGAAGUUUGGACUGGCUGCACAAGAACUUUGGAGCAUUUUCUGUCAUUCUGCCUCUGAAAGACCUCCUGACCUUCACUCAGGACUUUGAUCCACUGGAAGCCCUGCCUGCCCUCUCAGCAAAGCAGAUGGCGGAGCUGGUUGCAUCUCCAGAAUCUGGACCUCCGCAGAAAGAUGUCAUUAUCAACACAGUGUUUGACCACUUGCUGGAAUCACCAGAUAAGCGGACCUUCAUGGAGUUCCUACAUUACCUCAUCCUGUUUUCAACAGAGGCACUGAUCAGCUGUGAAUCUUACAAUACAAUCCUUGGGAGGCUGGACCAGGCCUUGCCAUCAGUACCAAGGGAACUUGAGCCGGUCAUACGGGCCAGUAUGAAUGAGCUCAUGCAGAGAGCUCCAGAAGAUUGCAUUCUUGGAAAUAAUGGGUGCCCAGUGACAUCAUACAAUGAAACCAGAGUUUGCGCCAGAGUCAACAGCACUGAACUCCAACAUUACCUGGACACUGGAAAUAUGACCAACAUGCUGUGCCACUUCUCCAUCGAUCAAUAUGCCUGUUCAUCGCUCAUGCCACUCGAAGCUGAGAAACUUGUCAUGCUGCUGAAAUGCAAGUUACCCAGUAACAUGAUGGACUCCAAAGAAACUUGGAAAGUGUUCCUCACUAAGGUCUCUGGAGUCCUUGAUGAAGCUCUGAGCAUCUUCUCUAACAUGACGUCCCACAUCACCAGUCUUUCGACAUCCCAUUUCCUGGACAUACUUGGCGAACUCAGAAUUGAUGAAUUCUCCGAUAUACAGCUGGCAGAUGUAGAUUUAAUCGACAAGUGGUUCCAUGGAAAUCUAAGACCAUUUUUGUCAUCUGUGUCCGGAGAGUUUUUACGCUGUCUGGGCACCAAGAACUUCAGCUGUGAGACUUACCAACAAGUGGUGAAGGAGUUCAGUUUUCAGUUCCCUCAUAUGGAGGAAAUGAGGCAGAAGUUGGUUGCCAGAUACUUCAUCUUUCCGUUCUUGUUACGGAACACUUCAGAUCCUGCCUGUUUCAUCAGUACUAAUGGAAGUUUGGACUGGCUGCACAAGAACUUUGGAGCAUUUUCUGUCAUUCUGCCUCUGAAAGACCUCCUGACCUUCACUCAGGACUUUGAUCCACUGGAAGCCCUGCCUGCCCUCUCAGCAAAGCAGAUGGCGGAGCUGGUUGCAUCUCCAGAAUCUGGACCUCCGCAGAAAGAUGUCAUUAUCAACACAGUGUUUGACCACUUGCUGGAAUCAUCAGAUAAGCAGACCUUGAUGGAGUUCCUACAUUACCUCAUCCUGUUUUCAACAGAGGCACUGAUCAGCUGUGAAUCUUACAAUACAAUCCUAGGGAGGCUGAACCAGGCCUUGCCAUCAGUACCAAGGGAACUUGAGCCGGUCAUACGGGCCAGUAUGAAUGAGCUCAUGCAGAGAGCUCCAGAAGAUUGCAUUCUUGGAAAUAAUGGGUGCCCAGUGACAUCAUACAAUGAAACCAGAGUUUGCGCCAGAGUCAACAGCACUGAACUCCAACAUUACCUGGACACUGGAAAUAUGACCAACAUGCUGUGCCACUUCUCCAUCGAUCAAUAUGCCUGUUCAUCGCUCAUGCCACUCGGAGCUGAAAAUCUUGUCACGCUGCUGAAAUGCAAGUUGCCCAGCAACAUGAUGGACUCCAAAGAAACUUGGAAAGUGUUCCUCACUAAGGUCUCUGGAGUCCUUGAUGAAGCGCUGAGCAUCUUCUCUAACAUGACGUCCCACAUCACCAGUCUUUCGACAUCCCAUUUCCUGGACAUACUUGGCGAACUCAGAAUUGAUGAAUUCUCCGAUAUACAGCUGGCAGAUGUAGAUUUAAUCGACAAGUGGUUCCAUGGAAAUCUAAGACCAUUUUUGUCAUCUGUGUCCGGAGAGUUUUUACGCUGUCUGGGCACCAAGAACUUCAGCUGUGAGACUUACCAACAAGUGGUGAAGGAGUUCAGUUUUCAGUUCCCUCAUAUGGAGGAAAUGAGGCAGAAGUUGGUUGCCAGAUACUUCAUCUUUCCGUUCUUGUUACGGAACACUUCAGAUCCUGCCUGUUUCGCCAGUACUAAUGGAAGCUUGGACUGGCUGCACAAAAACUUUGGAGCAUUUUCUGUCAUUCUGCCUCUGAAAGACCUCCAGACCUUCACUCAGGACUUUGAUCCACUGGAAGCCUUGCCUGCUCUCUCAGCAAAGCAGAUGGCAGAGCUGGUUGCUUCUCCUGAAUCUGGACCACCGCAGAAAUAUGUUGUUAUCAACACCGUGUUUGAGCACUUGCUGGAAUCGCCAAAGGAGAGAAACCUCAAGGAGUUCCUACAUUACCUUAUCCUGUUUUCAACAGAGGCACUGAUCAGCUGUGAAUCUUACAAUACAAUCCUUGGGAGGCUGGACCAGGCCUUGCCAUCAGUACCAAGGGAACCUGAGCCGGUCAUACGAGCCAGUAUGAAUGAGCUCAUGCAGAGAGCUCCAGAAGAUUGCAUUCUUGGAAAUAAUGGGUGCCCAGUGACAUCAUACAAUGAAACCAGAGUUUGCGCCAGAGUCAACAGCACUGAACUCCAACAUUACCUGGACACUGGAAAUAUGACCAACAUGCUGUGCCACUUCUCCAUCGAUCAAUAUGCCUGUUCAUCGCUCAUGCCACUCGGAGCUGAAAAUCUUGUCACGCUGCUGAAAUGCAAGUUACCCAGUAACAUGAUGGACUCCAAAGAAACUUGGAAAGUGUUCCUCACUAAGGUCUCUGGAGUCCUUGAUGAAGCUCUGAGCAUCUUCUCUAACAUGACGUCCCACAUCACCAGUCUUUCGACAUCCCAUUUCCUGGACAUACUUGGUGAACUCAGAAUUGAUGAAUUCUCCGAUAUACAGCUGGCAGAUGUAGAUUUAAUCGACAAGUGGUUCCAUGGAAAUCUAAGACCAUUUUUGUCAUCUGUGUCCGGAGAGUUUUUGCGUUGUCUGGGCACCAAGAACUUCAGCUGUGAGACUUACCAACAAGUGAUGAAGGAGUUCAGUUUUCAGUUCCCUCAUAUGGAGGAAAUGAGACAGGAGUUGGUUGCCAGAUACUUCAUCUUUCCUUUCUUGUCCCGGAACACUUCAGAUCCUGCCUGUUUCAUCAGUACUAAUGGAAGUUUGGACUGGCUGCACAAGAACUUUGGAGCAUUUUCUGUCAUUCUGCCUCUGAAAGACCUCCUGACCUUCACUCAGGACUUCGAUCCACUGGAAACCCUGCCUGCCCUCUCAGCAAAGCAGAUGGCGGAGCUGGUUGCAUCUCCAGAAUCUGGACCUCCGCAGAAAGAUGUCAUUAUCAACACAGUGUUUGACCACUUGCUGGAAUCACCAGAUAAGCGGACCUUCAUGGAGUUCCUACAUUACCUCAUCCUGUUUUCAACAGAGACCGAAAUCAACUGUAACUCCUACAAAACAAUAUUCAGUAGGCUUUACCAGGCAUUGCCAUCAGUACCACAGGACAUAGAGCCAGAUGUUUGGGCCAGUAUAAAUGAGCUCAUGCUGACUGCUCCAGAAGAUUGCAUGCCUGAUGUUCCUGGGUGCUCAUUAACUCCACACAAUGAAACUAGAGUUUGUGCUGAUGUCGACAGCUCUGAACUACAGCAUUACCUGGACACUGGAAAUAAAACUGAGGAGCUGUGCCAUUUUGACAUUGAGCAAUAUGCCUGUGCAUCUCUCGCUCAUUUCACUGCAGAAAACCUUGUCAGUCUGUUGAAAUGCAAACUGCCCAGCAACAUGACCUACUCAAAAGAAUCCUGGAAGGUGUUUCUCAUUAAAGCCUCUGGAGUCCUGAAUGAAGCUCUGAAUAUUUUCUCUAACAUGUCAUUCCACAUCACCAGCCCUUCCACGUCCCAGUUUCUGGAAAUACUUGGAGAAAUCAGAAUUGACAGAUUCAGUGAAGUACAGCUGGCAGAUGCAGAUUUCAUCAACGAGUGGUUCAAUGGAUAUCUAAGACCAUUUUUGUCAUUUGUGUCUGGAGAAUUUUUGCACUGUCUCAACACCAAGAAUUUCACCUGUGAAACCUACCAACAUGUGGUGAAGGAGUUCAGCUUUCAGUUCCCUAACAUGACCCAGAUGAGACAGAAGUUGGUGUCCAAAUACUUCAUCCUCCCUUUCUUGUCACGCAAUGCUUCAGAUCCUGCCUGUGUCUCCAGUACUAAUGGAAGUGUGGACUGGCUGCACAAGAAUUUUGGACCAUUUUCUGUCUUUGUGCCCCUUAAAACCCUGCUGGCAUUAAAUCAAGACUUAUCCCCUCUGGAAGCCCUGCCUGUUCUUUCAACAAAGCAGAUGGCAGAGCUGGUUGUGUUUCCACAAACUGGACCUCCACAGAAAGAUGUCAUUAUCAACACUGUGUUUGACCACUUGCUGGAAUCACCAGAUAAGAAGACUUUCAAGGAGUUCCUGCAUUACCUCAUCCUGUUUUCAACAGAGACGAUUAUUAACUGUGACUCCUACAAAACAAUAUUCAGAAAGCUUUACCAGGCAUUGCCACUGGGACCACAGGAGUUAGAGCCAGACAUUUGGGCCAGUAUAAAUGAACUCAUGAAAACUGCUCCAGAAGAUUGCAUGCCUGAUGUUACUGGGUGCUCAGUGACUCCACACAAUGAGAGUAGAGUUUGUGCUGAUAUCAGCAGUACUGAACUACAGCAUUACCUGGACAGUGGAAAUAAAACUGAGGAGCUGUGCCAUUUUGACAUUGAACAAUAUGCCUGUUCAUCACUCCUUCAUUUCACUGCGGAAAACCUUGUCAAGCUGUUGAAAUGCAAACUGCCCAGCAACAUGACCUACUCAAAAGAAACCUGGAAGGUGUUCCUCACUAAAGCCUCUGGAGUCCUGAAUGAAGCUCUGAAUAUCUUCUCUAACAUGUCAUUCCACAUCACCAGCCCUUCCACGUCCCAUUUUCUGGAAAUACUUGGAGAAAUCAGAAUUGACAGAUUCAGUGAAGUACAGCUGGCAGAUGCAGAUUUCAUCAACGAGUGGUUCAAUGGAUAUCUAAGACCAUUUUUGUCAUCUGUGUCUGGAGAGUUUUUGCACUGUCUCAACACCAAGAACUUCAGCUGUGAGACUUACCAACAAGUGAUGAAGGAGUUCACCUUUCAGUUUCCUCGAAUGGAGCAAAUGAAGCAGGAGUUGGUGUCCGAAAACUUCAUCCUUCCUCUCUUAUCACGGAACACUUCAGAUCCUGGCUGUGUCUCCAGUACUAACGGAAGUGUGGACUGGCUGCGCAAGAACUUUGGACCAUUUUCACUCCUUGUGCCCCUUAAAACCCUGCUGGCAUUAAAUCAAGACUUAUCCCCUCUGGAAGCCCUGCCUGUUCUUUCAACAAAGCAGAUUGCUGAGCUGGUUGUGUUUCCACAAACUGGACCUUCACAGAAAGAUGUCAUUAUCAACACAGUGUUUGACCACUUGCUGGAAUCACCAGAUAAGAGGACUUUCAAGGAGUUCCUGCAUUACCUCAUCCUGUUUUCAACAGAGACAAUUAUUAACUGUGACUCCUACAAAACAAUAUUCAGUAAGCUUUACCAGGCAUUGCCACUGGGACCACAGGAGUUAGAGCCAGACAUUUGGGCCAGUAUAAAUGAACUCAUGAAAACUGCUCCAGAAGAUUGCAUGCCUGAUGUUACUGGGUGCUCAGUGACUCCACACAAUGAGACUAGAGUUUGUGCUGACAUCAGCAGCUCUGAACUACAGCAUUACCUGGACAGUGGAAAUAAAACAGAGGAGCUGUGCCAUUUUGACAUUGAACAAUAUGCCUGUUCAUCGCUCAUUCAUUUCACUGCGGAAAACCUUGUCAGUCUGUUGAAAUGCAAACUGCCCAGCAACAUGACCUACUCAAAAGAAACCUGGAAGGUGUUCCUCACUAAAGCCUCUGGAGUCCUGAAUGAAGCUCUGAAUAUCUUCUCUAACAUGUCAUUCCACAUCACCAGCCCUUCCACGUCCCAUUUUCUGGAAAUACUUGGAGAAAUCAGAAUUGACAGAUUCAGUGAAGUACAGCUGGCAGAUGCAGAUUUCAUCAGCAAGUGGUUCCAUGGAUAUCUAAGACCAUUUUUGUCAUCUGUGUCUGGAGAGUUUUUGCACUGUCUCAACACCAAGAACUUCAGCUGUGAGACUUACCAACAAGUGAUGAAGGAGUUCACCUUUCAGUUUCCUCGAAUGGAGCAAAUGAAGCAGGAGUUGGUGUCCGAAAACUUCAUCCUUCCUCUCUUAUCACGGAACACUUCAGAUCCUGGCUGUGUCUCCAGUACUAACGGAAGUGUGGACUGGCUGCGCAAGAACUUUGGACCAUUUUCACUCCUUGUGCCCCUUAAAACCCUGCUGGCAUUAAAUCAAGACUUAUCCCCUCUGGAAGCCCUGCCUGUUCUUUCAACAAAGCAGAUUGCUGAGCUGGUUGUGUUUCCACUAACUGGACCUCCACAGAAAGAUGUCAUUAUCAGCACAGUGUUUGACCACUUGCAGGAAUCACCAGAUAAGAGGACUUUCAAGGAGUUCCUGCAUUACCUCAUCCUGUUUUCAACAGAGACAAUUAUUAACUGUGACUCCUACAAAACAAUAUUCAGUAAGCUUUACCAGGCAUUGCCACUGGGACCACAGGAGUUAGAGCCAGACAUUUGGGCCAGUAUAAAUGAGCUCAUGAAAACUGCUCCAGAAGACUGCAUUCCUGAUGUUACUGGGUGCUCAGUGACUCCACACAAUGAGACUAGAGUUUGUGCUGACAUCAGCAGCUCUGAACUACAGCAUUACCUGGACAGUGGAAAUAAAACAGAGGAGCUGUGCCAUUUUGACAUUGAACAAUAUGCCUGUUCAUCGCUCAUUCAUUUCACUGCGGAAAACCUUGUCAAGCUGUUGAAAUGCAAACUGCCCAGCAACAUGACCUACUCAAAAGAAACCUGGAAGGUGUUCCUCACUAAAGCCUCUGGAGUCCUGAAUGAAGCUCUGAAUAUCUUCUCUAACAUGUCAUUCCACAUCACCAGCCCUUCCACGUCCCAUUUUCUGGAAAUACUUGGAGAAAUCAGAAUUGACAGAUUCAGUGAAGUACAGCUGGCAGAUGCAGAGUUCAUCAACAAGUGGUUCCAUGGAUAUCUAAGACCAUUUUUGUCAUCUGUGUCUGGAGAGUUUUUGCACUGUCUCAACACCAAGAACUUCAGCUGUGAGACUUACCAACAAGUGAUGAAGGAGUUCACCUUUCAGUUUCCUCGAAUGGAGCAAAUGAAGCAGGAGUUGGUGUCCGAAAACUUCAUCCUUCCUCUCUUAUCACGGACCACCUCAGAUCGUGCCUGUGUCUCCAGUACUAAUGGAAGUGUGGACUGGUUGCACAAGAACUUUGGACCAUUCUCUGUUCUUGUGCCCCUUAAAACCCUGCUGACAUUAAAUCAAGAGUUUGCCCCGUUGGAAGCCCUGCCUAUUCUCUCGGCAAGGCAGGCAGCUGAGCUUGUUGUGUUUCCUGAAACUGGACCAGCACAGAAAGUUAUCAUCAACGCAGUGUUUGACCACUUGCUGGAAUCUCCAACAAAGAGGAACCUCAAUGAGUUUCUACAGUACCUUGUCAUGUUUUCAGCAACGGCAAAUAUCAGUUGUGAUUCCUACAAAGCAAUUUUCAACCAGCUUAACCAGGCAUUGUCACUGGUACCAGUUGAAUUAGUGUUAACCAUCACAUCCAGCACUGAAGCGCUACUGGGAAUUGUUCCUCACAAUUGCCUGGCAGUGGUUUUCAGUGGAGAGUGUGACAUAACACCAGUGAAUGAGACAGUAAGCUGUGCUGGAGUGAACAGCUCUGUCCUGCAGCGCAAUAUUCGAGAUGGAUCAAUAACAGAAGUGCUCUGUAGUUUCAGCAUUGAACAGUAUGCCUGCGUUUCGCCCAUAGGUUUAACAGCACAACAUCUGGUGACACUACUGCAAUGCAAACUGAAGAGUAAUGUUACCAGUUCAAAAGAAACCUGGAAGCUGUUUCUCACAAAGGUGUCUGGAAUACUGGAUGAAGCCCUUGACCUGUUCUCUAACAUGAUGGCCAGUUCCAGCAACCCAUCCACAUCCCAUGUCUUAGAAGUGAUUGGUGAAAUCAGAAUUGACAGCUUCAGCGCAGCAGAAUUGAGAGACCUGGAUUUCAUCGACCAGUGGUUUCAGAUGAAGCUCAAGCCAUUUUUACCAUCUGUUUCAAGAGAGUUCCUGUCCUGUCUCAGCACCAAGAAUUUCAGCUGCCAGACCUACCAAGCUGUAGUGAAGAUUCUCGGGCAACAUUAUGCAGAAAUGGACAGAUACCAAAAGAUAUUGAUCUAUACUGAAUUCAUUGACAUAUUUCUAUCCCAGAAUGAUACAUCAGACCCAGGUUGUAUUUCUGGUACACAUGGGAGUGCUGAUUGGCUGGAAAGAAACUUUGGACGUUUCAUUGACUUUGCAUCUGUCAUGGAUUUCCGAAGACUACAUAUGGGCUUUUCACCGAUGGAUGCUUUGUCUCGUUUGAGCCUAAAUCAACUAUCAGAGGUUGCUUCUACUCCUGGACAGUUGAACAGCCCUGGCGAUGUCACUGAACUAAUGGGCCAUGUAAAAGCUAUUGAUCUAGCAACUUUCUUUGAUAUAGUUUCUCCAGCUAUUCAGGGUCAUGAAAAUGUGUUCCCAACAUCAGUUCGUUCAGCAAUGCUCCAGCAGGUUUUCGACAGGGGGAACCUUUCAUCUGUCAGUGAUGCUGAGAUACUAGCCUGGCUCCAGAACAGACUCAGGCCCUUGUUGGCAAAUUUGUCAUUGAAUCAUGUGGCACCCUUCUUUACCAUUGUAAAAGAAAGACAAUGCGUCACAAGCCAACAUGCAGUUCAGCUGCUGAAUUCCAUUCGCUCUACCCUGCACAGUGAUACACAGAGAGAGGUCUACAGCCACAUACUCACUUCACUCAAAGAACCAGUUCCCCUACGUUGUUAUACAAAUGGCAGCUUCUAUUUGUUCUUGGAAAGGUCCUUCCUCAGCUUUGAGUUCCCAAAUUUAACUACGUUCAUCUCACUAAUGCCAGAAGGUCAAAGAUCAGAGUUGAUUAACUCCAUCCCGCCCUCUGACCUCACCGCCUUUUUCAUGCGACCCAAAGUUGUUGACAACAGUGAAGGAAUCUGCACUAUUUUUAAUAACUAUGAUAGCACUCCUAACUUCCUGGAAACUCAGGGGGAUAUUCCUGAUAAUGUGAGAAGAUCAAUCUUGCCCUGUGUCUGGCCUUUAGCUCUGAGCAGUGAGAAUGAAACAGAGGUUGAUCUUUGGUUUGAGAAGAGACUGAAGCUCUACCUGACAUUCCUCACUAAGGAUCUCAUCAGCUCCACUGAGACACUAAAUGCCAAAUGUCUUCCCUUCAGGAAAAUUGUCUUUGCUCUUGGAGACAGUUACAAGUAUAACAAUGCAGAUUUUACAAGGGAAGAUGUGUAUGGCACCAUCAAGACUUAUCUCAACACUGGAACAAAACCCAAGUGUUACAAUGCUACUCAUCCACAACUGAACUCUAAAGCUUGGUUUGCCAAUUACAUUGGAAGGUUCAUAGCAUACAUUACUCUGGAUGAUCUCAACACAUUUUGUACUACAGAACAGCUUCAAGUCUUCUCUACCAACCUUGCCAAUGUGGAGCUCUUCAAUCAUUCCAGCAUUCCUGAGAAUGUCACAUCCUAUUACACUGAGCUCAUUUACUUGGAAGAUAGCAACUUUAACCCCUUGUUACUUCCAAUGCAUUUCCGAUGUGGUGCCCCAGGCUCAGCAUUUUCACAAUUAAACGCAGAUGAGAGCAUGAUCAUUCUCCACAACCUAACCCAGUCCUGCAGUGAAGUUGACCCAGAGGUAUCCACAGCUCUGGCUGGAAAUUUCCAAACCAUCAACUCGGAUAUAAUCACAGCUCUUGGAAAAGAGAGUGUUGGGCUCACACCUGGACAGAUUUCAGCAGUUCCACCAUCUGAUAUUGUAUCAUCUCUUCCAACACUGAGCACUGUGACUGACUGGAACCUGGGACAGUCAAUAACAAUAGUAAAAAAGUUGCUGAAAGCCAACUUUGCGAUUAUCACUGGUUUUCAACUACAGCAACUUGGAUCACUAGUGAUGGGUGUUCCAUCCAAUGUAAUCCAAAAUAUAGACUCCACUGAAAUUCUACUAACAUCUCAGAAUCCAGGCUUCAUCACAAACAUUCUGGCUGCCCCACAAAUCAUACAACGAACCUAUGUCAGCAAGAUUAUCAGUGUCAGCAGCACGCCAGCAAAACUACUGGAAAAUGUUCCAGAUACGAUGGGAACAGAAAUUCCACGGACACUGUUGGAGUUUUCCCCUGAAUCAUUUGAAAAAGUUAACUUGAAAAAAUGGAAAUAUGAACAGGCUGUUCUGUUCUUUGAUGUGGUGGCUACAGGUUUCACUGAGUCAAAUAGAAUGUCAACAGCUGUGUUACAAGGAUUCACAUGCACCCGAGUGCAGAAAUUCUCAAGAAUUAAAGUCAGAAAUCUUAUCAGAGCCUGCAGACGAUCGGGUGUGAACAGGGUGGUUCUAAGAGAGACGCAAUUAACCUGCAUGUACAACUAUAUCAAAGACUUUGACACAGACAGCUUCCAGCAAUAUCCACCUGAUAUGCUGCUGUAUUACAAUUACAACACUGUGCAGGGAAAGUGCAAAGCAUAUUUUACAGAAACUGGAGCUGCGGACUACUCUGUUCUAUCUGAUGCCUUAAAGGCGAAAAAAGACGCCUUGCUGGACAAUGCCAAGAGCUGCCUCGGUAUAAGAGGAACAAGCAUCAACAGAACAAAUGUGGAAAUACUGGGCAACAUGUGUUGCACACUGGACGGGUCCUACAUUGAGAACUCUGACCCCUUGAUCCUGGAGAAACUGAAGAACUGCAAAGACCUCUCUGAAGUACAGAUUUCAUCUGUGCAGAAGGUUUUGUUGACUGGAAACACUCAGUAUGGACACCCUUCAACAUGGGAUGUACAAACUUUGAAAGACCUGGGAAUUCUACCAUUGUACAUGAAAACUGACUUCUGGAGUCAAUUCAAUAGGAGAGUCAAAAAAAGAUUCCUCAAGUAUUUCAUGAAAGCACAGAGAAGAGACAGAAGAGAAAAGAGAAAAUUAAAAAGAAUGUUCAGAGAAUGUAAUAGGUCUUUACGAUCAAAACGUGCAGCAGCAAGUGACUGCACUGCAGGCAGUAUCACCCAAGUUGUCAUAAGCGAUGAUGCCUUCCCCUUUGGAUAUGAUGCCUCACAGUUCAACGCUUGUUUGAGUGUUUCAACUGUGAAAGACAAUCUGGCAGGCCUCACUAUGAAAGUGGACGACGAUGAUUUUCAAAGGAUCAUUUUGGACAAAUUGAAUCAGGCAUACCCCAAAGGCAUUGCAGAUGAGCAGGUUCAAGGUCUUGGGGCAGUUUCUCGUGUAGCCUCAAUAGAUGACAUUAACAACUGGAAUGUCACCAAUAUUGACACUCUUGAUGCUUUGAUGGUUUCAGAUGAUGGCCAGUGGGAACCAGAUAAGAGUAAGGCCAUCAUCACAAAAUACUUAAGCACUGCAGGCAACAGUCUGGGGACUGCUGAAUUGAAUGCAAUAGGAGGGGCAAACCUGUGCUCGCUUGAUACCAAUGUACUGGAAGGUAUCACUCCAAGCAGCCUGAGGAAUGCAAAUGCAUUGUCCUUGUCAAAUUGCUCUACUGAGAAACAAAAAGCCUUGUUCAUUAUUGCCAACCAAGCUUACUCAAACCGAAAUACCAUCUCAUUGACAGAGUACCAACUCAUAGAACAGUUUCUUGGUGGUGCUCCAGAGGCAUACAUAAGAAGACUGACAGCAUCCAAUGUUAGUAUGGAUAUUUCAACAUUCACAAGUUUGGAUGAAAAUGUCAUCAAUGCUCUAACAGUGAAUGAUGUAAAAUUGCUUUUGGGUGUAAACCUCCCCGAUUUGAAGAACUUUGAGAACCAGACUGUUGUUGCAAACUGGAUUUCAAAUCAAUUCAAAUCUGAAUUGAAUAGUCUUGGUUUGGAUAUCAUUGGGGGCAGAGAUGACCCAGUCCCAACAGGAGUUGGUGUUAUCAAUACCACAACAACAGCAACGGGAGGGUCAACGUCAACAUCCACAACAACAACAAGUGGUCACGAUGGAUCAACUAAAAAACCAUCUCAUGUUCUGUAUCUUUUACUCGCCUUGGCCUUCACUACCCUGCAGACACUACCGUGAUUUAUAAAUAACAUUCACUUGAACAUGACAGUUUUUUGUUCUUUACCUCUGUUACUAUAAUGAAGUAUUGUACAUAUAAAUGAGUAAUAGCAGUACAUGUUACAUAUAUUCUCUUAGUAGAUGUUAAAGAUUUUUAAAUUGUUUUUAAAUAAUAGUUUACCUUUCUUUCUCUAACCUGGCUGCUAAAUGGUGUAAAAUCAGCACUGAUUACAAAAAAAGAGUAGAAUUAAAUCAGUUUCUGCUCAGGGAACAUUUGCACACAUUGUAGCUCUGAACAAUAUUGAAGUUUCCACUAAUACUGAGGAAAGACUUGUAAUUCAACAGUGUUUCAAUGUAGAUAAAUGUUCAAAUUACAUUUUGAAUUUAAAUGCAUUUGUGUUUAUAUUAACACACAGUGAAAUGUCCAGUGUUAAUUCAGCUCUAACAGUGUUAAUUCGACACUUAACAGACAACAUUCUAGAGAGGGACCACAUGUUAUCUGUUAAUAGUUGAAUUAACAAUGUUAGAGUCGAAUUAACACUGGUCAUUUUACUGUGCAGUUCCUUUCUCAUAUAAUAAAAAAACAGUAUCAAAUAAAGAAAGCUAUAAAUUGA